AGGUCAAUUUGGAGAAGGCUCGAGCUUGGCGCUGCUGGGUGGUCCAGGAGGGCGCCGCAGGGCUGAGGUACCUUGACGAGAAUUGGAGAGGAUGUUCUCGGAUCCCCGCCUGGUCCGUGGCAGACGCACCCGCCUCCCAGGCGUCCUCACCUAACCAGUGCGGGGAUUUCCUCCGCCCCUCCUGCUGGCGUUUGGAGGAAAGUGAAAGUGAAAGGGGGAAGAGGAGGCUUCUGGGCUGAGGAGAUCGCGGCGCCAUGAAGCCCCUGUCCCUGCUCCUCGUUGUGGCUUUGGGCCUGGUGACCGCCGCCUCGGCAGGACCCACGGUGAUCGAGUGCUGGUUCGUCGAGGAUGCGGGCGGGGGCAGACUGGCCAAGAGACCCGCUGCACUGCUGCUGCGCCAGGGACCAGAAGGACCGCCGUCCCGGCCGGACCUCGACCCUAAGCUCUACCUCAGCCUGCACGACCCUGCCGGCGCUCUCCAGGCUGCCUUCAGGCGGUACCCCCGGGGCGCCCCCGCGCCACACUGCGAGAUGAGUCGCUUCUUCCCGCUCCCUGCCUCAGCGAAUUGGGCCAGCGGCCUGACCCCGGAGCAGAGUUGUCCUCGGGCCCUGGACGGGGCUUGGCUGAUGGUCAGUAUGUCCAGCUCGGUCUUCAGCCUCUCCAGCCUCUUGAGACCACAGCCGGAGCCUCAACAGGAGCCUGUUCUCAUCACCAUGGCAACAGUGGUGUUGACUGUCCUCACCCACACCCCUGCCCCUCGAAUCCGACUGGGACAAGAUGCUAUGCUGGACUUGAGUUUCGCCUACAUGCCCACAACCCCCGAGGCCACCUCAUCUCUGGCCCAAGGCCCCCCUCCCUUUGGGCUGGAGUGGCGACGCCAGCAUCUGGGUAAGGGACACCUGCUCCUGGCUGCAACUCCUGGUCUGAGUAGGCAGAUGCCGGCAGCCCAAGAGGGGGCAGUGGCAUUUGCUGCUUGGGAUGAUGAUGAGCCGUGGGGUCCAUGGACUGGGAAUGGGACCUUCUGGCUGCCUGCAGUGCAGCCCUUUCAGGAGGGAACCUAUCUUGCCACUGUACACCUGCCAUACCUGCAAGGACAAGUCACCCUGGAGCUUGCUGUGCACAAGCCCCCCAAAGUGUCCCUGACACCAGCACCCCUUGUAUGGGCUGCCCCAGGGGAGGAACCCCCGGAAUUACUCUGCCUUGUUUCCCACUUCUACCCUUCUGAGGGCCUGGAGGUGCAGUGGGAGCUCCGGGGUGGCCCCCAGGGUGGCUCUCAGAACGCCGGUGGGCAGAGGUGGCUUUCCACCCUGCGCCACCAUUCAGAUGGCUCUGUCAGUCUCUCCGGGCACCUGCGGCCGCCCCCGGUUACCGCCGAGCAGCAUGGGGCACGCUAUGUGUGUCAUGUCUACCACCCCAGCCUGCCAGCCUCUGGUCGCAGCGCCGAGGUUACCCUGGAGGUAGCAGGACUCUCCGGGCCCUCCCUGGAGGACGGCAUAGGCCUUUUCCUGUCUGCCUUUCUCCUCCUCGGAUUCAUCAAGGUGCUGGGCUGGGUCGCUGCCUACCUGUCCAUUCGCAAGGAUUCAAAGGAGAAGAAAGCCCAGUGAGGGCACUCAGCACCACUGUGGAAGCCACUAUCAUCUCUGGCCCAAGCUACUGUGGUACCUCCCCCAAACAGUACCCCACCAUGUGCUCCUAUUCCCUCCAAUUUCCCUCUACUGAGUGGCCAGAAUGGCUUUCGUACAAAACAAAUCUUAUGGCAUUCACUUCCUUAGAGAUGUAGGGUGGUGGUUCUCAAAUGUUUUGGUCUCAGGACCUCUUAAAAAUUAUCAAGGACCCUAAAGAGCUUUUGCUUAUGUGGGUUAUAAUUAUUGAUAUUUAUUGUACUAGAACUUAAAAUUGAGAAAAACUCAAAACACAAGAACGCAUAAGCACACGUUCCAUUCAUUGUGAGAGCUAUGGUGUCAAUACAAAUAAUGUUAAUUCUGGAAAACUCCACUGUACACCCUUAGAGAAUAUAAUGAAAAAGACAAAUAACAUCUUGCUAUUCUUAUGAAAAUAGUCUUAAUCUCACACACUCCCUGAAAUAGUCUCUGGGACCUCUGGGACAGAGACCACACUUGGAGAACCGGUGCUCUAGGGCCAAACCCAUUCUUCUUUCCGGGCCUAUGUGUACCCCGUGCUGGAGCCACUGCCUACCUCCCCAGUCCUCCCUGGUGCUCCCAGCCCUCCUCUCAAUGCUCAUCAUGACAGCUAAUUCCUUUUCUCCAAUGAGCCAAACGCCUGCUCGCCGCCGGGUCCCAGCGCUCUGUUCCCUCUCCUGGACUACAGACCAGGUCACCCUCGUCAUUCUCCUCAGACUGCCGCGUGUCCCUCUUGUGCAGUUCACCACAGUUUUAUUUAAGUAACUGUGCGAGUCGUUAAAUGCCUGUCUCCCUCCCGGACUGUGGGCUCCUCGAGGGCAGGAACGAGUCUGGCUGUCCACGGUGUACGUUUGCGCCGCGCCGGCACGAGGCCUCUCGCCCACUGGAGGGCGCUCAUCAAGCUGCUGGAUGUUGGACGAAGGAAGCGGCGGCGCAGCUUAGGGACCUCUGAGGGGCCGAAGGUCGGCCAGGCCGAUGGGGGAGCGGGUCUAAUCGUGUGGGAAUAAAGUUGUGUUCCUGUGCUUCCAA